GUUCCUCGUCUGUUAAAAAUUUGGACCUUUUUGCAUAAACAUGGGAGAUGUUAGGCUUAAUAGGGUAGAUCAGGGACAAACAAAGAUUAAGAAUGUUCCAAUAGCUGUUACCCCUGAAGGGUUUUGGUGUUGUCCCUCACCUGUUGUGUUUCAGAAAAGUCAUAAGCCUCAAAAUCCUUUGAAUAAGACCAAACCUUCUUCUUCGACACCGCAACCACAACCGAAAGCCAGUGUUCAGAAAAAGCCGGUGGCAGUGCAAGUGACGGAGAGAAGAGGUUCUACACCUGCACCGGCACCUGCAUCGUCUAGAUUGGUGAUUUCAGAUGAUCAAAAUUAUGGUGUUGGUUCGAAAAGGUCAUCCGCUGGUACUUCUUUGGCCGCGGAGAGAUUAUCUUCUAGACCAAAAAUCGAAACCAUGCUAAGAAAGGUAGCUAUUGAGUUUGGUGAGCCGGGAACUUGUGAUAUGAAGGUGGUUUUAUUAAGGAAACAAGGUUUUUCUGUUAAGUUGAGUGUGCAUAGGGAUGUUCUGAUAGAGAAGAGUAGUUUCUUUUCUGAAACGAUUUCCAAACAAUUGGAUUGGUCUUGUUUACAAAUUGGAGAUUGUGAGGAUGUUGAAAUAUAUGUUGAAGCCGUUGGUUUGAUGUACUGCAAGGAAAUGAAACAGCGGCUCAUGAAACAUAAUGUUUCUCGCAUUCUCAGAAUUCUUAAGGUAACUUUCUAUGCUCCCUUGUGA